AUGCUUUAUCUCGUUGGACUCGGUCUCGCCGACGAGAGCGAUAUCACUGUCAAGGGUCUGGAAGUUGUUAAAAAGGCAGCCCGCGUCUAUCUCGAGGCCUACACGAGCAUUUUACUGGUAGACAAGGAGAAAUUGGAAGCCUACUAUGGCCGCCCCGUCAUAAUUGCCGAUCGAGAAAUGGUCGAAUCUUCUAGCGAUGAGAUUUUGGCAGAUGCCGACAAGGUUGAUGUUGCUUUUCUUGUCGUUGGGGAUCCAUUUGGAGCGACUACGCACACAGACCUCGUUCUUCGAGCUCGAGAGCUGCAUAUCUCGACCCAAACGGUGCCUAAUGCUUCGAUCAUGUCAGGCAUCGGCGCCACAGGACUUCAAUUAUACAAUUUUGGACAGACCGUGUCGAUGGUCUUCUUUACGGAGAACUGGAAACCCUCAUCCUGGUAUGACCGAGUACUUGAGAACAGGAAUAUUGGCUUGCACACACUUGUGCUUCUCGAUAUCAAGGUCAAGGAGCCAUCGCUGGAGAUGAUGGCACGAGGAAAGAUUGUGUAUGAGUCACCGCGAUACAUGACAGUGGCACAGUGCGCUUCGCAAAUGCUGGAAAUCGAAGAGGAUAGAAAGCAAGGCGCAUAUGGCCCAGACAGCCUUGCUGUAGGUGCUGCACGCGUUGGGGCGCCCAAUCAAAGACUCGCCGCCGGCACCUUGAAGCAAUUGGCGGAGACAGACCUCGGACAGCCUUUGCACAGCCUUGUCCUUUUAGGCAGCAGAGUUCACGAUCUCGAAAGAGAUUAUAUUAGGGAAUUUGCAGUCGACGUAGCCGUGUUUGAUGAGGUUUGGAAGAGGGAUUACGAAGGAAAGCAAUAA